UUUUGUGUAAAUAAUGUUCCAAUAUGUAGUUACUAAAAUUACAUCACAUGAAUAUGGACAGAAUCCAAAUCUUAUUAUACAUGGAAAAAUAAUAACAAAAUAUGGACCCUGCUUACUUGCAAUUACUGAUGGAGAAAAACUGUGCUUUGUAUACUUCUGCAAAGAUUAUAAUUUAGGCUUCAAAGAAUUGAAAAACAUUUAUCCUCUAUCAAAUUAUACUCUUAAUGAUCAAAUUAUUGGCAGGUUUGUUCAUUACUUUGAAAUGAAUGCAACUGGCAUUAUUCACUUGCAACUUAAAGGUACUAAUUUUCAAAUGAAAGUUUGGGAAUAUUUACUAAGCAUUCAGAGAGGAUCUACAGUUUCAUAUGAAGAAGUAGCUAAAGGUAUUGGUAAUCCUAGAGGGUCUAGGGCUGUAGCAAACGCGAUAUCUAAAAAUAAUAUUGCUUAUUUUGUUCCAUGUCAUAGGGUGAUUAGUAAAAAUCGUAAUCUUAAUAAAUACAGAUGGGGGGUAGAAAUAAAAAAAUUGAUGUUGUGUGAAGAAAUGAUGAACUCUUUCAAAAAUUAGGAAAAAAGGCAACUUCAGAGAAGUGAAUGAAGCUAUUAAAAUAUUUAUAAUUUGUUUUGUUACUUCUGGUAACUUUUUAUUUAAGAAUUCUACUGAAAAUUGUAAAUUUAUUAUUUACUUUUUUUAUUAUAAUAUUUGCAUAUUUACAAUCUACAUCACAUGUGAGUAUUAAGUAAAUUAAUGGUCUGUAUUUAACUUGGAAGGGAAGCAUUCAUUAAUGCUGAUCCUUAUAUACUAUUUUUCAAAGUUGUAGUAGGUCUUGAGGCCUACGUAGUCUUCUCGUGCAUGGACAAUUAUUGGAUAGUUCUUCUAUUAGCUUGUUGUCAUGGUUUGCCAUCUGUUGAUUGUAUGUUACGGCCAUAAUCUGAAUCUCAUUUUUGAUGUAUUAAUGUUGAAAUCAGAAUGGAGGGUAUGAUUACUGACAUACUAUGGAGCACCCACCAGGUUUCUUAAUGUUUUAGAUUGAAACCUUUGUAUUAUGUUGAUCGUAGUAGAUUUAGGGCAUCCCCAGAAUUGGAUCCCAUACAGUCAGAUCGGCUUUGAGAUUGAUUUGUAUAUCAGCAAUUUGUUGGUUGAGCCAUUUUAGUGUUAAUUUUUGUUAUUUGAUUUUAUACUUGUAGUUUUAUAUUUUGUUUUUAUUUUAAGCAGAAUACACGCAGUUUUUCAGAAAAAAAUCUUCUUUUUUACAACAUCAUUCUUAUUAACCUUCCGGAACUGGCUCAGAUUCUGGGUACGGCCACUGGCGGCGGACUGUGACUCCGCAUAUGUUUCUGUCGCACGGAGAAUGUUGUAUACAAGAUUCAUCAGAUUAAAAAAGAAUAACAAUAAAAAACUUUUAAUAUUUAUUAAACCAUAAAAUAUAUAAAAUAC